UUGUGGCACAGCAGAUCAAGGUAUUCAGUUGGAAAUGCCACUCCUCACAGCGUUGUUGUGGAUCUUCCACGCCUUGUGCACUGCAGGUACUCCAAGUGCUGCAAAUACCACACCAAGCCCCGAACAAGGAAACUGCCCCGAUGGCUGGCUACCCUACUACAAUGAGGCAGACAGGUGCUAUUUUCUAAGCAAUACGGUCAAGUCAUGGCCAGAUGCUUUAUCGGACUGCCGACGACAGGGAGCAGAUCUGCUAAGCAUCCACAGUGACGAAGAGAACACAUAUAUUUCAACUUCAGUCACUCAAGGAACAGCAUGGAUUGGACUUAACGACUUGAGCCGAGAAGGAGUUUACAGCUGGACUGAUGGUUCACCUCUAAAUUUCGCCCGUUGGGGACCCGAUGAACCGGAUAAUAUGUCUCCGGCCGAGGACUGCGUACAGGUAAACUUCGGAUCACCUGGCUUUUGGAAUGAUCUCGGCUGCAGCUCAACUUUACAAUUUAUAUGCAUCAAGGAAGGUAUAGUGGUGAAAACAGUGCCGACAGAACCAUCAACAUCAAGGGCAACGCCAGCAGUGACAGUAGAUGCGGACCCAUGCACGAACUACUCCACACUUCUAGAGGGACUACGAGAUACCAAUCUGGGAACAAAUAAGUCAUCCGCGUUUCUCUGUGAUGACCAGUUACAGCCUGGCUGGUACAGAUUCUCCGAGGGUGAGGUAGCAAUCUCCAGCGUCCAUAAAUACCAUUGUGGUACCAAGUCAACAAUCUGGAUGAAUGACAAGUUCCCUUCCGUUGAGGACGGCAUUGCAGAAAAGAAGUUUUGUUUCAACCAUCUUGACUUGACGCCGAAUGGAUGUCUGUGGUCAGAGCAGGUGCCCGUGAAGAACUGUAGAGGAGAGUUCAUGGUGUAUCAUCUGCCCUUGGAGACAAUUCUCUGUCCCAUGGCGAUUUGUACAGAUGCGUCCAUUAAACCUUGCAGUGAAUAUGAACUAUCUGGGAGUGGAUUUCCACCUUGUACAAAAAUACCGUGUCCACCUGGAAAGACGUCACCAUCUGGGUUCAAGCCAUGUAGAGAUAUGUACCCUGUUAUUACUGGACGGACUCUACUCACUGGUCCAGAAGAAAUAGAUGGGUCAUACCAGCACACGUGUACAUUUGAGAGUGGCGAUAAUUCCAGUGAUGCACGAUUCCUUGUCAAAUGGCUUAUGAAUAACGUCGUCGUUCAAAAUGUGACUCAACAUGGAGGCAACAGAACCAGCUUCUUCGAUGUGAAAAUGUGGACUGGUCAUGUCAAUGAGAAUCUUGGAUGUUCAGUUCAGUCGUACUUCGAAAACACGUCUUCCGUGCUAAGUACCGAGUUCCACAGCACCAAGUACUUCGGCGGAAUAAAGGUUGAACCAUCACCGCUGACUCUUCGCGAAGGAGUCGACCAAACCAUCACAGUUAUCUCGACACUGCCAGUGGUAUGCGACAAUGCAACAAGUGACUCUUGUAAAGUUGUUCUGGAAACAGUUGCCCCAGGUUUGUUCAUCGGGGGCGAAUGUCAGUUAGUGUUGACAGCCUCCAACUGGGACGAAGACUUACACGAAUCACGAUUUAACCUGAGUCUUGGAACACAAGUAGAUCCUGCUGUUAAACCAGCGCAAACACUGUCAAUAUCGUUUGCCACCAUGUCAAACAACGUACCUGGACUCGAGUACUGGAGCGGCAUCACGAUACCGCCAACCAAGGUAUUGAACACGGAUACCAGAUUCUCCACUUGCGUGGGAUCAGGAGACCCUCAUUUCACGUCCUCCUUCAACCCUGGCAUUUUCCAUGAACUUGGGGUCACCUACUACAACCUGUACCAUCUUGGCGACUUCAACUUUGCCAGUGACACCAGAGCUCAGCUUGCGGUACAAGCCCGUAUGUCUGUUUAUACUGGAACGGGACUCCCUAUGAUUUGCGCUGUUGCUGUGCAAAAAGGUGAUGAUGUCAUCUUCAUCGAUAGUUGCCAGAGGUCCGUCCCCUCUAUCAGAGCAAACCACGUCAUAACUGACGGUUCAGUACAAGUUUGCGGCAGCAACGAAUAUCAGAUUACAACAGACCUUGGACACAGAAUAAGCGUCAUUGCACAGUCCUCCAUGUACACGGUGACUAUAACCUUCCCCCAUGGCGUUGUUCCGCUGGAGGCGUUUGACGUAAACAACAAAACGACAUAUCAGGAAGUGUGCAAUCCAAGCGUCAGAGUAAACGGUAUGGCCACGUUCAGGACUGGUGGAGUCAUUGCAGGUUCCACAGUCGGAUACUUCAGGGUCCAGCCAGACCAGAAUUUGUUCGAAGGCCAUCGGGUUAAAAUGGUCUCACCAUCUGUGAACAAUGGUAUGUAUUGUUCCUGUGUGAGAGAGAAACAGGACUGUGGAAGAGGGCAGAAGGUCACAGACCCAAAUGUUCAGCGUGGAUCCUGUCGACCAAUAGUUCCUGCACAGAUGAAGCCAGACGCUAAGAUAGCGCAACCUUCACACCUUGAUCCAACACACUACAGUCCACCUGAGCACCACUGGCCAACUCCAAGCGGUAUCACGGAGAAGCUGGCUAGGGAUAAAUGUAGAACGGCGAUAUCUAAAUAUACACACCAUCAGUGUUCCUCGUUGAAAGAUCUCAACAUCGACACCUUUGUACUCUCUUGUGCUGAAGACAUUCAGGCAAGCGACGACUAUACGUUUAUCUCAUCUGCUGUCCAUGACUUCAAAUCUCAGUGUGAGAUAUCAAUGACAAGCAACAUAGACAACUACAACAGGACGGCCAAUGGGACACUACAAGCGCCUGGCAUUCUCUCGAAGGCAUGCCCUAAUCUGUGCAGCAUGCAUGGCACAUGCGCUGAUGGCGUAUGUCAGUGUGAAUCUGGCACAGAGUGGCAGGACUGCUCCGUGAAGACAGGACAACCCUUUAAUAUUACUGGAAUCGAGCAAGCCGCCCUUUGUGAUAAAUCAAAAGACACCAACUGCUUCAAUCCUCGUCUAGUGGUGGACAACUUGGGUGAAGUCAGCACUUGUAUGGUUGAACAGGCGGGUUACCUGAAAGGUAGACCUCAACAAGGAUUUGGGAAACAGUCGGUGAAGUUUGUGAGAGAACACGCUUCCAUCGUCGCCAGCAACCUGACGCCUAUUAUUAGGAACUUAGAAUUUGAAGCGAUGUUUUUCAAAAUAUUCCUGACUGAAUCAACGACCUCCAAGAACCAAACGUCAUCCAUCAACUACACCAUAUACGACGGCACGUGCCAAAUGUGUGAACACUUCAUUUGCUAUGAAAGGCUGGAUGCGUGUACCAUCAAUGGAAGGUGCUACAAAGAUGGCCACGUUGACAGGAUUAAUGGGACAUACAAGUAUGUGUGCGACCCUGUCACUUCACUCGACCAAUGGACAACUGUCCCAACAGUCUGGAGGGGACACAAAAACUGAUGCAAUGAUACACCUGCUGUAAUGUCAGGCAUGAAAAUAAAACACUGCUUUCGGGUAGAAGGACAUUUA